AUGGCCCUCACUGGAGAUUUGGAUCUGCUCCAAAUUGUGGUCAUAAAGCGGCGUCCGGUGCUCUACGUGGUCAACCUGCUGAUCCCCAGCUCCUUCCUAAUGGUCAUCGAUAUCCUGUCCUUCUACCUGCCCCCCCACAGUGUCGACCGUGCCUCCUUCAAGAUGACCCUCAUCCUGGGCUACACCGUCUUCCUGCUCAUCAUGAACGACCUGCUGCCCAGCACAGCAAACGGCACACCCAUUAUAGGUAUCUAUUUCUCGGUGUGUCUGGCCCUCAUGGUCAUCAGUCUACUGGAAACGGUCAUCAUCACAAAUGUCCUCCACCACAGCUCCAUGAAAUAUCAAGAGGUUCCAAACUGGGUGAGGGUGGUUGUCCUCAAACACAUAGCCACCCUUAUUUGCUACCGAUGGCCUGAGGACAUCCAGCGCCCCUCAGUGCAACAGAAGGAUAAACCUGAAAGCUCAAACAGAGGUUCAGAGUCGUGGAUCAUCCAACCAGCCAGCCAGACACCUCCCCAACACUCAAACAGCAGCGGAGGUACAGCUGCUCUUCCUGAACUGCAACAGAUCUGUCAAUACCUCGGCGACCUUCGUGCCCACCUCACCUCGCUGCAGAAGGAGAGCGAGCUGCAAGACCAGUGGUGCCACGUAGGAUAUGUCCUUGACUUCCUGCUCUUCCGCAUCUAUCUGCUGCUUAUUUCAUGUUACGCCCUGGUCAUCAUCUCCAUGUGGUGCGUCUGGAUCAGCCAGUCCUAAGUGAUCAAUUUAGUGAUGAUUCAUAGGAUAUCUAAGUUACAAAUUAAAAAGGUAUUGUAAAAAGUAAUUUUGUAUAUUUGCCUCCUUUUUUUCAUUUUGCAGUACUGCUAGUUUUGUGUCCUGCAUUUAUUUAGCCCCUGCUAAAGUACAUCCUAAACUCUUCUAAAUAAUCAUUUUAUUGGGAAACUAUUGAGAAUGCUGUUUUUGUUUAAUGCCUUUUUGAAUGUAAAUGACCUGUUGGACAAAGUUUGUUUUCUCUGUGUACUUUAGAAUCAUCUAUACACUGUGCUUAGUUGGUUCAGGUUUUUCCUCAAGCUGGGGAUAUGUUGUUAUCACUGGUGGAGUCCCUCAAGGUUCCGUUCUCGGACCUCUAAUAUUCAUCUUGUAUGCUCCAUGCAAAUAAUGUAUGUAACAGCCAGACAAUAAUAUUAUAUGACAUACUUUCUCUGUUAUUCCUGUUAUCCUACAAUCAAAGGCUGCAAAUCAAUCAGUGUACUCCAGUCACUUUUUAUUCUUGACACACAACAAUAACUUCUUUAGAAUACAACUACAGACAGUCGGGUUUUGAGAUGGAGAUAUG